GGAGGCAGGCAGAGGAAAGAUGGCAGCCGCGGCAGUGGCUGAGUUUCAGAGAGCACAGUCUCUUCUUGGAACAGAUCGGAAUGCCUCUAUCGAUAUCUUACAUUCAAUAGUGAAGCGGGACAUACACGAGAGUGAUGAGGAGGCGGUGCGUGUUAAAGAGCAGAGCAUCCUGGAGCUGGGUGGGCUGCUGGCCAAAACAGGACAGGCUGCAGAGCUUGGGGGUCUGCUGAAGUAUGUACGCCCCUUCCUCAACUCCAUCUCCAAGGCCAAGGCAGCCCGCCUGGUCCGCUCCCUGCUGGACCUGUUCCUGGACAUGGAGGCUGCCACAGGUCAGGAGGUCGAGCUCUGUCUCGAGUGCAUAGAGUGGGCCAAGGCUGAGAAGCGGACCUUCCUCAGACAGGCUUUAGAGGCUCGUCUCAUCUCACUGUACUUCGACACAAAGUGCUAUCAGGAGGCACUACAACUUGGCUCCCAGUUGCUGCAGGAGCUGAAGAAGAUGGAUGACAAGGCCCUGCUGGUGGAGGUUCAGCUGCUGGAGAGUAAGACAUACCAUGCGCUCAGUAACCUGCCCAAAGCCCGCGCCGCCCUUACAUCCGCCAGGACAACCGCCAACGCCAUCUACUGCCCGCCGAAACUACAAGCAGCUUUAGACAUGCAGUCAGGGAUCAUUCACGCAGCGGAGGAGAAAGACUGGAAGACAGCUUACUCCUACUUCUACGAGGCCUUUGAGGGCUACGACUCCAUCGACAGCCCCCGAGCCAUCACGGCCCUCAAAUACAUGCUGCUCUGCAAAAUCAUGCUCAAUGCGCCAGAGGAUGUCCAGGCCCUCAUCAGUGGCAAGCUCGCUCUGCGGUACGCUGGCAGACAGACAGACUCACUGAAAUGUGUGGCACAAGCCAGUAAGAACCGGUCGCUGGCAGACUUUGAAAAGGCACUAACAGAGUACAAAGCCGAGCUGAGGGAUGACCCCAUCAUCAGCACCCAUCUGACCAAGCUGUAUGACAACCUGCUGGAGCAGAACCUCAUCAGGGUCAUCGAACCUUUCUCCAGGGUCCAGAUAGCACACAUUUCCUCUCUCAUCAAACUCCCCAAGGGAGACGUGGAGAGGAAAUUAUCACAGAUGAUCCUGGACAAGAAGUUUCACGGUAUUUUGGACCAAGGUGAAGGUGUGCUGAUUGUGUUUGACGAGCCAGUGGUGGACAAAACAUACGAGGCGGCCCUGGAGACCAUUCAGAACAUGAGCAAAGUGGUCGACUCACUCUACAACAAAGCCAAGAAGCUAACAUAAGACAGAGUGAAACCAUCCGUCCUCCUGUCCGGAGUGACACGGGCCAGUCUGACCGCCGUUGAUCGAUCACUUCAGCCCGGGAGGGACGAGGGGAGGAGGACGAGGAGAUUACGAACACUUGACAACCCAGCAAGCAAACAAACCAGCUGACCACCUGAAGACGACCCGACAGCUCCACAGACUGACCGGGUGGACACGCCGCUCCUCCUGGUCCUCCCUCAGCCCUCUGCUCUCCCUCCCUCCUGUCGCCUCCUUCCAAUCUGACGGGGGUUGAUCUGACACAACGUGCUCCACCCCAUGGACAAAUCCAGGCACUGUGCCCCUCCUCUCUCCUCCCACCACAGGUUUCUACUGUAUAAAAUUGGACAAGCCUCCCUUUCCCCCCUCUUUUUUUCCCCUCUGUUUCUCUCUGCACUGGCCAUCAGGGAAUCUUGUAAUAUAACAAUAAAACAUACAUAUACAGUACUUAUACAUACAUGUAAUAUAUAUAAAAAACAUGCUUGGUCUGUUCUCAGAGUGUAACCGAGGGUAAACGUGGGUUGGUCGGUCUGUGUCUCCCACCGGAUUCUACCUGUCCUGUUCAGUUUGACCACCAGCCCCCAAAGCUGAAUGUUUGAAUUCCCCCUGAUUUUCUGCAGUUUUGAAAACAGAGGCCGUCAGAACAACCCCUCCCUCCUCCUCACGUCCGUACUGUGACCUUUGCACCCCCACCCGUCUCACCACGAGUGGUCUCCCUCACUCACAAGGCAUUCUGGAAUUCGUGGACCACACAGGGAAUUUGCUCUCCUGUCCACUCGGGACCAUGCCACAAGGAGAGGAGGACAUUGAUCACCACAGCGGGGUCUCCUACGCCCCCAUUCCUCCCCGCUGCACUCCUACUUCCUGUUUGUAUAUAACAUUGCCCAGCACCUCUGUUCGUCCAAGGCCUGAUGUAUUCACACUGUCCCCCUUUUUUUAUAACGCGUAAGAACAGAAGAAACCUUGCCGCCGAGAGCUUGGUCAGUCACACGAAGUGCUUUUGAUGCUCGUUAUGUGACCGGAGAGGGAACUCUGCGUUCUGAGAUGUGACGGUUUGUUGUGCGGGAAAGGGCGGGUUUCGCUGAAGAAAAUCAAGCUGUACAUUUCUGGGAACUUCAUUUUGCAAGGACUCGAGGGUUUACCAUAUAUGACAUAGAGAAAGACAAAUGCUAAUAAAAAAAAAAAUUAAACCUGCAAGUUGUGUGAUUU